GCUAUCACGAACGAACAAGCCAUCACGACUGCACUGGCCAAACACACCUAGCUAGCAAAAGAGGAGGCUAACAUUCGCUAGCGAGCAGUUCAGCAGCAGCUGGUAAAAAACACUCAAAUCUACAAAUCAAUGACAGGAACAGCGAACUUUCAAAAAUGCGCUUGGAUAUCGAUUGAUACUCGUCUAAUUUAUCCUGACUUCAUCGUCUUUAACGCUCAGUGAAAGUCCAAGUGAUCUGAAAAAGCGCAAGAACUCCAAACUGAGGGGCAAUGGACUCUGAUCGCUUGAAGCGGAGAGAGGAAAUCCAGAAAGCCAUGAGUUUUAUCCAGUCCUCACUGCCUUUCCCAGAGCCAGGGAAUUAUGAGGCUUUUCUGACCCAGUUGGUGUGUAACCUGCUGGAUGAGGGCAAUGCUUGCUUUCGGGACGGGGACUCUCGUCAGUCAACACAGCAGUACAGCGAAGGGAUCAGUGUUGCCCGCUACGCCCAGGCUGAGGCACUCAUCAUCCCUCAUGAGCUGCUGGAGAGUCUCUAUGUCAACAGGGCUGCUGCCUUCUACAAAUUGAGGGAGUUUGAACGUGGGCUUCAGGACUGUGAAAGUGCACUUAUUGUGUCUGAAGGCAGUCGCAGGGCUUUGUAUCGCAAAGCACUCUGCCUGCGAGACUUAGGACGACUCCGUGAGGCCUACGAAUGUGGUACCAAAUGUCUUCUCACUGCACCAAAUGAGAGCCAGGUGAGCGAUCUGGCCCAGGAACUUGCUAAUAAACUUGGACUGAAGGGCCGUAAAGCUUACGUCAGCCACCAGACUGAGUCCACUGCCACAGAAGGAGAGAGUCUUGGCGAGACAUCCCCACCUACUGGAGAGUUGUCCUCCAAUGGGCUGGAGUCUUUAGGUGACAUGGAACCAGCAGACAUGUCAAGUGCACAAUGCAUUCCUGCACCUUUGGCCACGCCCAUCCCGGUCAGCGACGAUCCCACAACCUCAGUCGUGACCCCGUGCACUGACCUCUCAGAGAGCCCUAGCAGCCAGUCUCUGCCGCCCAUGCCGUACUCUGUCCCCGUUUCAGAACACAUCGACGAAUGCAACAGCGUUAUCAAGGAUGAGCUUGACAGUCUCCUAGAAUGCACCCCCAAAAAAGUCAGCGAGAGUCCAGUCCAAGGCGCUAUCCCCACUAACCUUCCAAACACUGCCGUGGGCCUGCGCCCUCCUUACUCCCCCAACCUUCCAGCCCCGUCAUCCCAGCUUGCCCCUACCUUCUUCGGCACCUCCAUCAGUGACAUGCCACCCCUGGAAGCUUACUCGCCGCUGGCCCAGCGAGACCAGGGUUCCACCCAGGCGCAGGACGCUCUGGGAGGGAGCUUCUCAACUGGAGCGAUGGACGGAGACGGGAAGACCGGGGUCAUCGCUGGUGGGAUCGACUCUUUAUCGGAGUACACUCUCCCUGGGGGACGAGUGUGUCACAGCUUCAUCCCUGGGCUGCGCAACCACAGCUCUGCACAAGCAAAUGGUCCAGGAACAAACCUCUCCAUGUUGUCAAGGAAUCCUCUGGCUGGCACACAUGAGUUCCGUCAGGCCUGCCAUGCCUGUUAUAGCCGAAUAGGUCCACGUGUGAUGGACUACAAAUAUCAACCAGAGGCAGCACAUCGAUGCAAGAGGGAUGUCCUGCUGUGUCGCCUGAAAAACACAGACGACCCCACCUGGAAGAGGAUUCGGCCCAGGCCUGCACGGAACAACUUCUUAGGGGCCUUUGUUCUCUGUAAAGAGGUGCAGGAGCGCCAGGAGUGUCAGUACGGCGAGAACUGCACCUUUGCAUACUGCCAGGAGGAAAUCGAUGUUUGGACACAAGAGAGGAAGGGCGCGCUGAGCCGAGAGCUGCUUUUUGACCCCCUGGGUAGCACGGAGAGACGUGCACUUAGCGUUACCAGACUGCUGCAGCUCCACAUGGGCAUGUUUAUGUUCCUCUGUGAGGAGUGUUUUGAUAGUAAGCCCCGAAUCAUCAGCAAGCGCAGCAAAGAAAACUUGUCAGUCUGUUCAAAUCUCACAGCUCGACACCCGUUUGACGAUAACAAGUGCCUAGUGCAUGUGGUGAGGUCGGCCAAUGUGCGCUACAGCAAGGUGCGUCCCCUCCACCCGCUUUGCCAGUUUGAUGUGUGCCGCCACGAGGUUCGCUACGGCUGCCAGCGUGAGGACAGCUGCUCCUUUGCACACUCUGUCAUAGAGCUCAAAUGCUGGGUGCUGCAGCAGGACACAGGUAUAACCCAUGAAGAGAUGGUUCAGGAGUCCAAAAGACACUGGCAAAGGCUGGAACAGAAUGCACAGAAGCAACAGAGGCCCAUCCAUAUUCCACACCCAAGCAGCAGCCUAUCGAUCGGAGGAAUGGGAGGCGGCAAUGUAGGAGACUGCAUGGGCGGUGGCAUCCACUCCAUGGGAGGCCUGGGCGCGUUGGGAGGCGGCCCGCCCCGGGGUCGUCCGCUCAACCUGAAAAUGAAGUUUGUGUGCGGCCAAUGCUGGAGGGAGGGUCAGGUGAACGAGCCUGACAAGAAUCUUAAAUACUGCACUGCCAAAGCAAGACACAGCUGGACGAAGGAGCGUCGGGUCUUGCUGGUGAAAUCCUUUGAGAAGAAGAAAUGGGUUGUUGUUCGUCCUCUCCCAUUCUCACGCACCUAUCCACAGCAAUAUGACAUGUGUGUGCAUGUGAUGAAGCAGAAAAAGUGCCACUAUAUUGGCAACUGCUCGUUUGCCCACAGCCUGGAGGAGAGGGACGUCUGGACGUACAUGAAGAACAACAGUUUGAGAGACAUGCAACAAAUGUAUGAGCUGUGGCUGCAGCUAACCAAUCAGAAUAGACGCACAGACAGUUCGACAGUGACCCCGCCCCCCGAGGACAAGCAGGUCACCAUAACAGCAGAUUACAGCGAGAGCAUGGGAGGCCGGCGGUUGUCCGAUGGAGACGACCUCUGAGACUCCAGUCGGCUGAUCGUUGUCAACAGAGACCAGAGCAGCCGGUCCCACCACCUACAACUGAACAGUCUGUCAUCUUGCCAGUUUAACCUCCUAACAGCCAGCCAGCCGGCCGUAUGGGAGCUGAUGUAACAAAUACAACACACAAACACACACUUGUAUUACAUAUUUACGCCACACAAUAACCAUCAAUCAGUACUUGGAGGAAGCUUUGUUUGUUUCAGCAGCAUCUUCCUUUAUGUUCCCCAUGAGUCCCUUUGUACUGUAGGUAUGAUAAGUAUGAUCAUGAUAACAUGCUAAAAAUUGUGUCCACCAGGCACCUCCUUUUUAUGAGGUUAUUUUUUUGUUUUUAAAACCUCGCAGCAAAAAGCAAUUCUUAAAUGAGCACGCUGGCCGUGGUUCUCAUUGUUCAAUUGGAAAAAAGUAUCAUGAAAAAUGGAGCUCUCAUGCUAAAAGUUGACAUUUUGACCGAGAAGUGCCAAAAUAAAAGCUCCUAGUGUUGUUAAUGGCUAUUUAAAAGAAGGCCCUGGUGUACACUCCACACUCGUACAGCUGCAUUACAGUAAAUCCUUUGCUAUCCGUAGUGGUUACAUUCCGGGACCACAAAUAAUCGAAUAAUGGUCUCGCACAAUAGAAGCCCUUUAAAAAAAAAAGCCUAUUUGUGAUACCAUAGUCUCUCACAGUUAUUAAAUGCAUGUUAACAUUAAGUUAAACACAUUAACAAAUUAAUACCUGCAUAUGAUGUAAAGCAUCUUCCUGCUGGAAAAUAUUGAAUGUAUUUGACUUGUGAGACAGUGCCCUCUGUUGGAUUCAUAUAGAUAGAAGAUGGUGCCAUCAAACCACAUUCUAUUUAGGCCACUAUUCACUCUUUUUUAUUUUAAAUAAAUCUAAAGAAAUCCACAAAUACGCGGGGGGAAUGAAUACCAUAAACAGGUGUGGAAGCUACUGUACAACCAAUAACAGCAAGAGUGUCAAAAUAUUUUAACAGGAAUGUGUGCUUCCUCAUAUCGUCUGCCAUAUUGGUAGAGCAGUUUGAAUGUAAUGCCUGCACGAGCCUUUAAAAUGGGGGGGGGGAACUAUAAUUGAUCCAAAAUUAUGCUGUUGUUGUAAGAGGUAUGUAAGUCUUCUUACAUUUCCAAAAUCGUGAGCAAAAUAAUGGUCCUCUUUACACCCCUUUUCCACUUUGUUUUAAAUUCAUCCUGGCAUAUGCACUAAAGUAACGUACAUAGUGCUAAUGGCUGAAGCAUACAAAGAAUCAUGACAUAAAAAAAAUUUAAUACUUUAAUCGGACUGAAGCAACGUGUCAAGCCCCCAGGCAGAAUAUUCUGUUGUUAUACUUUAAGAAAAAUGACAUAGGCUAACUAGCCUGAGCUGAAAAGCAUUCCUAGAAUAAAUGAAUUGAAUAUUGAAAUUAUAUUUUCUUGUUGAUUGUGAUUUUGAACAUUAAGGCAAGUUGACACGCCUUCAGUCCUAUUGGGGUAAAUAUUUCCUCACAUCCACCAAAAUAUCAUCUGUGGUCCCGAUGGUCGAACAAAGAACAACAUUCGGGGAACCACACCAUUUUUUUUUUUGUGCCUAUGAGCAACAAACACACGCAGGAUAUCUACCUGCCAUCUCAUUCAUGCCUUUAAUAUGCAUACAGACACAAGGGAUGUAUGCCUAUACAAUGUUGAUACACACACAUACACACAACAUAUUUACAUAUAAUGCUAUACUACUAAUAAUAAAUGAUAACUUAGCAACUAAGCUUAAUAAAUAUAUAACCCGACAAACCUGUAUUGAUUACAUAGUUCUUGUUAUUGAAGUACUAUAUGACAUGUAUCGCUGAACUAGAUUACUAUAGUGUUUUUUCUUUAUAUUUUUUUUAUGUUGUAAUUUUUCCUUCUGCGUGGGUUCUUCCAGGCCAGGUUUUUGUUGCGUAUGAGGAUUAAAAGCAGGGAAGAAAAAUAGAUUAAUUGGAUUAAGUUGUGUUGCUGUGCUAACGAGCCAUGGUCUGGAACAGCCCACUAUUUAGCUACUUUGAGGAUUGUAUUCGUACACUACUCUCCCCAAUAGUAUUAUAAAUACGAUAAUGAUUGCUAUUGACUAUUUCUCUUCUAUAUGCUAUUGAUAUAUGUAUGUUUAUUGCAAUGUAUACCUAUAUAUGUAUCCAUGUAUGAAUAUGACGGGUAAAUAUGCGUGUGUGUAUGCAGCAUGCACAACCUGUCUGGGAGGCAGUGAGCAGACAAAUGUGGACUUCCCCAUACUAGAACCGGUUUUAGGAUUGCUGUUAACGAUUUUAAGAAUCUUAUGCAUCGUGGACAAACUUCUCUGCUUACUGCCUGUGCUGCGCCGUUUUUAAGCAUACAUACAGGCUUAUAUACUCCUGCAUAGCGCCUUAUUCGAUAUAGUACACCUAUUAAAAAAAGAUUCCUUUUAUUGUAUAAUCCUGCUUACUAUAUACAGUAUAUGAUAUCUGAUAACCUAUUAUAAUACGUAAACACCCCCGCUAAGGUAAUUUUAGAUAAGUGAUGGUAGAGCGAGGGGUGUUUUCAGUGGUUUGGUUGACUGGGUUGGGCAGAUUUAAAACUCCUCACUUGCACUGAUUUUUGUUGUUGUUUUUUUUUUACAGUGUUUUUUUUUGGAGGCAUCCACAGUUAAUACCAUCUUUCACCCUUCCAUAGAAGUAUGAAUAAUGUUCUUAUACAAAUAUGUAUUGUAUUUUUUCUGCCUCCAAGCCACAGAAAAACGUCAGCUCCACUGAUAGUCAUGUGAACCUUCCGUUUUUGUUUGAGUCCCAGCCCAAACACGCCAACACAGUCCCUAUAAUGAUUCACACGUUUAUCGGUUUGGACAUUAUUGGUUAUUUGAAUUCAUUUCAAGAAGAAAGAAAACCAGGGUUGUAAUAAGAAAGUGGACAAACAAGGCCUCUUAUGGUUUUUUUCGUUGCUGUAUUUUAUGAUAUCUGUUUUCCUGUUUUUAUGUUUUAUUGAUUUGUUUUCUGCCCUCCCUGGUUGGAAGUUAAUAAAUACUUAAGUGGACCAAUUGUCUUGAAAGCAUUAAAUAAACAGACCGUUUUA